AUGCCGUGCCUUCGUUCUCAGAAGCGUCUUGCCUCCAGUAUUCUUAAAUGCGGCAAGCGCCGUGUGUGGCUUGAUCCUGCAGAGGCCAGUGAUAUUUCAAACGCCUCGUCCCGUCAGCAGGUCAGAAAACUGAUUGCCGAUGGGCUUGUCAUCAAAAAGCCUCAAGCCAUCCAUUCUCGGGCCCGUGUGAGAGCCAUGUUAGAGGCCAAGAGAAAGGGCCGCCACUCUGGACCAGGUAAGCGCAAGGGUACGGCCGAGGCUCGUAUGCCCUCCCGCAUCCUAUGGAUGCGCCGCAUGCGCGUUCUUCGUCGCCUGCUACGCAAGUAUAGGGAGUCUGGAAAAAUCGACAAGCAUCUUUACCAUGACCUCUAUCUUAAGGUCAAGGGUAACGUCUACAAGAACAAGCGCGUCCUCAUCGAGGCUAUUCACAAAAUCAAGGCAGAGACCCUGCGUACCAAGAUGCUUGCCGACCAGGCCGAAGCUCUUCGCAUCCGCAAGAAAUCCGCCUAUGAUAAGAAGCAUGAGCGUGUUGCUGCAAAAAAAGCUGCUUCCGACAAUCACUACUCAGAGGAGAUGAAGAAGGAAAUUGCCAAGCAGAAGAAAUAA